GCCAGACAGAGCGAGAGCGCUACCUGCUUCCGUGUUUGUGUGCUCCGGCAGUGCUCCUCAGCUGUCUCCAUCGCCUCAUUCAUUCAGCUCAAACCGUCUCGUGAGCAGCCGGAGAAAUGCCUGGUGACGCGACCCUGAAGCAUGCUUUUGCCAGUCUCCCGCAAAUGGAGAGGGGAGUUGCUAAGGUCAUAGGUGGGGAUCCCAAAGGCAACAACUUUCUCUACACCAACGGGAAAUGUGUCAUCAUCAGGAACAUCAAAAACCCUGCGAUUGCUGAUGUUUACACUGAGCAUGCUCAUCAAGUGACAGUCGCCAAGUAUGCUCCAAGUGGUUUCUACAUCGCAUCUGGAGAUGUCACGGGAAAGAUUCGCAUCUGGGACACCACCCAAGAAACCCACCUGCUCAAGUAUGAAUACAGCCCACUCUCUGGCAAGGUGAAGGACAUCGCUUGGACUGAGGACAGCAAGAGACUGGCUGUGGUGGGCGAUGGACGGGAGAAGUUUGGUGCUGUCUUCCUGUGGGACACUGGAUCGUCAGUAGGAGAACUUUCCGGACACGCUAAAGUAAUCAACAGCGUAGACAUUCGCCAGAAACGGCCCUACCGCCUUGUCACGGGGAGCGACGACACCACCACUUCUUUCUUCGAGGGUCCACCGUUCAAGUUCAAGUUCACAAUGAAUGAUCACAGCCAGUUUGUCAACUCUGUGCGAUUCUCUCCCAAUGGAACUCACUUUGUCACCGCAGGAGCUGAUGGACAGAUUGUGGUGUUUGAUGGCGCCACUGGCAGCAAGGUUUCUUCACUGGGUGGAGAGAAGGCCCACAAAGGAGGAAUCUAUGCUGUUAGCUGGAGCCCAGACGGCUCGCAGCUGAUCUCCGCCUCGGGCGACAAAACCGUCAAGCUCUGGGACGUGGAGGCUGGUGCGGCCGUCACCACCUUCACUUUGGGGAAUGACGUGUCAGACCAGCAGCUGGGCUGCCUAUGGCAGCAGGAUCACCUUCUCAGCAUCUCCUUGUCAGGACACAUUAACUACCUGGACAAGAACAACCCAGACCGACCCAUCCGUGUCAUUAAGGGUCACGCUAAGUCGAUCCAGUGUGUGACGGUUCACAGGAGUGAAGGCCAGUCAAUGCUCUAUUCUGGGAGUCACGACGGGCACAUUAAUCGCUGGAGUCAAGACGGUGGAGAGAAUGAUGGCUUCUCAGGGAAAGGUCACAGCAACCAGGUGAGCAAGAUGGCUGUGGUGGGUGACGAACUGGUGACCUGUGGAAUGGAUGACACCGUGCGAUUCACCAACUUGCACAAAAAGGAAUACAGUGCCUCUGAUGUGGUGAAAAUGGACUCCGUUCCUAAACAUGUUUCUGCUUCCGGAGGUCUCUCUCUGGCUGUCUGUCUUGAGCAGGUUGUCCUGCUGAAGGACAAGAAGAAAGUGUUCACGCUGGACAAGUUGGGCUAUGUACCCGAGGUUGGUGCCAUUCAACCUGGAGGAAGCACUGCUGCAGUGGGAGGAGCAGACGGGAUCAUUCGUCUCUACUCCAUUCAGGGCACCAGUCUGAAGGAGGAUAAGACUCUGGCGAUGGACGGGGCCAUCACAGACAUGGCCUACUCUGAUAAUGGUGCCUACCUGGCAGCCACCGAUGACAGGAAAGUGGCCAGAGUCUUCAGUGUUGCAGAUGACUACAAUGUCCUCAAUAACUUUUACGGACACCAUGCAAAACCUGUCUGCCUGGCUUGGUCGCCUGACAAUGAGCACCUUGCCACCGGUGGGAUGGACAUGAUGGUUUAUAUCUGGACCGUUGGUGACAGUGACAGCAGGAUUAGACUUCAAGACGCUCAUCGGUUGCACCACACCACUGGCUUGGCCUGGAUAGAUGAGAACACUCUGGUCACAACCUCCCAUGACGCGUUUGUCAAGCAGUGGACGAUUAAAUAUUGAGCUGACAACCCUUUAUAUCUUCCAGGACAAGGACUACUGUAGAAGAUGAAUGAUUUUUUUUUUCUUUCGGUUUUCCAUGUUGUCUGUAUAAGUCCAAAUUGUACAUGGGUGUGAUCGAAGCGCCUGGAUGAAUGAUACCGAGGCAACAAAGCUAAAAUAAGAAAAAAAAGUGCUUUUCCAUCUGUGUGUCACGGACCGUGCACAACAUUCCAUUCGUAACAGGCUUCACUGAGAUCCUCGCUGACUAAAACCCGGAUGCAUCCGGGCGUCAGUUGCAUUUUUAGGUGUAAAUCUAACGGUUGCAUUCCUGAAACGAGUUGGCCUGUCGCUUCUUCCUUUCCUUCCUUGUUUCUCAUGGUUAGUUUUGAAACAUCAUAGCACUUACAGCCGGCCAGGGAGCAACAAUAAGGUCGAAGUUAACAACAAUCAGAAUUGCUGUCUAUUCAGUUGUAUCGUGGCUGUGUUUUCACUUUGUGUCUUUAUGCAUUCAUUACCAAUAAAGUACUUU